AUGUACCCGGCGAUGCCCAGGCCCGUGGGCCUGCAGGUCGGUGGCAGCUCCGGCUCCGGUGCCGGCGGCCCUGGCGGCGUCUUGCCGUACGCCGUCGGCGCGCUGGCGAUGACCGCCAGCGGCCACGAGGUGGUUGGCGUGCGGCGGUCGACGUCGACCCAUAUGACCAACUUCGAGCUCGACCGCCUGUUCGCGACCAGCGCCUCGCCCCGGCUCGCCGCGGCGCUGGCCGGCGGCAACGGGCACGCCGCGGCGCACGCCGCCAUCCAGCUGCGGCACCGGAUGGCGCAGCGUGGUCGCGGCUCGGAGGGCAUCGUGCGGAACUGGGACGAGCAGGGAGAGGCCAACGUGACCACGGUACCCUACAACCUGCCGACGUACACUGAGCAGCAGAAGAAGCGGCGCGCCGACGCGGCGCUGUCGGCGCUGCCCGUGGAGACGAUGGCCGCUGGGCCAGCUGCGGAGGAGGCCCCGACCUGCUCCAUCUGCUACGAGGAGCUCCGUGGGGGCGAGGCCAUUCGCAGGCUCCCUUGCGCCCACAUGUUCCACUCCCACUGCAUCGCCAAGUGGCUCCACGUGAAGCUCACCUGCCCGCUG